AUGGUUGCCGGUGUUGCCUAUACCAUCGUUGUGGGCAUUGCAGAGAGAUGUCUCGAGAAAGCAUGUGAACUAGGUGCUACAUUAAUUAUCAAUGGCAAGGAGAAAAAUAUUUCACAACAAAUUAAAACCUUUACUGGUGGUCUUGGUGUAGAUGUUUAUCUUGAUGCAGCCGCUAUAUUGGUUGCAUUAUUUGGAAAACCAGUGACAUUGGAUGCUGUGGAUCUUGUCCAGCGUGAAAUAACUAUUAAGGAAAUUGUUUGCUAUCGACAUAUAUUUCCUGAGGUAAUUAAACUUAUUGAAAGUAAACAAAUGGAUGUUGAACAACUCAUUACAAGAAAAAUCAAGUUGGAUGAUAUUGUUAAAGAUGGAUUUGAAGCUUCAGCGUCUGAUCCAUCGGAAAUUAAAAUUCUAAUUGACCUUGGUUCUAAUUAA